UAUCAAAUGAUACCUACACAUCGAUUUAAUUGAUCCGUAUCUAAUAAUAAAUUCGAAGGCUUUUGCUAAACUAGAGUUUUUCCUAUAAAUCUACAUCCCUCUAUCAAAAAUAAGUUGCGGUGAAAUUUCUGCAGGAAAAGUAACCAGACAGACCUAUUAUCUGCCGCUUCAGCUUUAAAAGAAAAUAUAAACAUUUGAGCAAACAAUUUUUGUUUAUAAUUUCAAUGAUAUGAAAUUACGAAAAGUGCUCAUAAUUACAUGCGUAGUUAUUGCCACGUAUGUAUUGUAUUUAAUUCAUCAUGAAAAUAUAAAUAAAUCUUUCUUUGGAAUUAAUUCAAAUACGGGGUUAGGAAUCAGUACUCAACGUCCAAUUUUUCGCAUAGCAGUAGUAGCUUGUGGUCAACGAUUGCGUGAAACAUUAGCGAUGAUAAAAUCUGCCUUGCUCUUUAACCAUUACCAUGACCGACUGUAUUUUAUAAUAUUUGCUGAAGACCAUUUAAUUACAAGCUUUUCUGAAAAGCUUGGCGAUUGGCAAACAUUGCUUCCAGAGGAAUUUGGAUAUCAAAUCCUGCCCCUGCAGUUUCCACCCAACAAUUCUGAAUGGAAAACUCUGUUCAAACCCUGCGCCGCGCAGCGACUAUUUUUGCCGUCUCUACUUCAAUCAACUGAAAGUCUCUUGUAUGUGGAUACGGACAUUAUAUUUUUGUCACCUGUUGCUGAUGUGUGGAAUUUUUUCAAAAAAUUUAAUGGAAGCCAAAUAGCUGCUUUGGCUCCAGAGCACGAAGAUGAAAACAUUGGGUGGUACAAUCGAUUCGCUCGCCAUCCUUAUUAUGGCUCUCUUGGAGUUAACUCUGGUGUCAUGCUUAUGAACCUAACUCGAAUGCGAGUCUUCAAGUGGGAAGAACAUAUACUCCCCAUCCAUAAAGAAUAUAAGCUAAGAAUUACCUGGGGCGACCAAGAUAUCAUAAACAUUCUCUUCUAUUAUCAUCCCGAAAAAUUGUACGUGUUGCCUUGUGAAUACAACUAUCGUCCGGAUCAUUGCAUGUACAUGAGUGUUUGCCCUUCCCCCAAUGGAAUAAAAAUCUUUCACGGUAAUCGUGGUUAUUUCCAUUCCAGCAAACAACCGCUUUUUCGCGCGGUCUUCGAAGCUGUGGAAAAUUAUCAGAUUGAAACUGAUCCAUAUAGCAAUUUCCUUUUACCUCUAAAGGAAGCCAUAAAAGACACGCUUGUUGUAGAUUCAAAUUGUGGAAAAGUUUCAAAUAGUGUUAUUUGGAUUGCAAGUAAAAUUUUCUCUUAUAAAUAUAGCUAAAUAUAAUAGUAUAUUAAUAUUUAUA